AUGGGCAGCAACAAGAGCAAGCCCAAGGAUGCCAGCCAGCGGCGGCGCAGCCUGGAGCCCACCGAGAAUGCCCACGGUGGUGGUGGAGGGGCCUUCCCCACCUCACAGACCCCCAGCAAGCCAGCCUCUGCCGAUGGCCACCGAGGCCCCAACGCGACCUUUGUCCCAGCAGCUGCUGAACCCAAGCUGUUUGGAGGUUUCAACUCCUCGGACACAGUCACCUCCCCGCAGAGGGCGGGGCCGCUGGCUGGUGGAGUGACCACCUUUGUGGCCCUCUACGACUAUGAAUCGAGGACAGAAACUGACCUGUCCUUCAAGAAGGGGGAGCGGCUCCAGAUUGUCAACAACACAGAGGGAGAUUGGUGGCUGGCCCACUCGCUCAGCACAGGACAGACGGGCUACAUCCCCAGCAACUACGUGGCACCCUCUGAUUCCAUCCAGGCUGAGGAGUGGUACUUCGGCAAGAUCACCAGACGGGAAUCGGAAAGGUUGUUGCUCAAUGUGGAAAACCCACGAGGGACUUUCCUAGUGCGAGAAAGUGAGACCACGAAAGGUGCCUACUGCCUCUCCGUGUCCGACUUCGACAACGCCAAAGGCCUCAAUGUGAAGCACUAUAAGAUCCGCAAGCUGGACAGCGGUGGCUUCUACAUCACCUCCCGCACACAGUUCAACAGCCUGCAGCAGCUGGUGGCCUACUACUCCAAACAUGCCGACGGCCUGUGCCACCGCCUCAUCACUGUGUGCCCCACGUCUAAGCCACAGACUCAGGGCCUGGCCAAGGACGCCUGGGAGAUCCCCCGGGAGUCACUGCGGCUGGAGGUCAAGCUGGGCCAGGGCUGCUUCGGGGAGGUGUGGAUGGGGACCUGGAACGGCACCACCAGGGUAGCCAUCAAAACCCUAAAGCCAGGCACGAUGUCACCGGAGGCCUUCCUGCAGGAGGCACAGGUCAUGAAGAAACUGAGGCACGAGAAGCUGGUGCAGCUGUACGCCGUGGUGUCUGAGGAGCCCAUCUACAUAGUCACCGAGUACAUGAGCAAGGGGAGCUUGCUGGAUUUUCUCAAGGGGGAAACGGGCAAGUACCUGCGGCUGCCUCAGCUGGUGGACAUGGCUGCUCAGAUCGCCUCCGGCAUGGCGUACGUGGAGAGGAUGAACUACGUCCACCGGGACCUCCGUGCAGCCAACAUCCUGGUCGGAGAGAACCUAGUGUGCAAAGUGGCCGAUUUUGGGCUGGCACGACUCAUUGAAGACAACGAGUAUACCGCACGCCAAGGUGCCAAAUUCCCCAUCAAGUGGACAGCUCCAGAAGCCGCCCUGUACGGCCGCUUCACCAUCAAGUCAGAUGUGUGGUCCUUCGGGAUCCUGCUGACGGAGCUCACGACGAAGGGACGGGUGCCCUACCCUGGGAUGGUGAACCGAGAAGUGCUGGACCAGGUGGAGAGGGGCUAUCGGAUGCCCUGCCCACCCGAGUGCCCCGAAUCCCUGCACGACCUCAUGUGCCAGUGCUGGCGGAAGGAGCCAGAGGAGCGGCCCACCUUCGAGUACCUGCAGGCCUUCCUGGAGGACUACUUCACGUCCACCGAGCCUCAGUACCAGCCCGGCGAGAACCUAUAG